UUAGGUUAGGUUUCUCUUAUUUCCUUUGCAGGAGAGAAUCGAUUUUAAUUCUCUUCAAAAAAAUUGGCUAUUAGUGUAGUUUCUGGUUGGUGUCUACGUGUGUUUAAUAAAAAUGUAUCACAUGAAAACGAUCGUUCCCUUGGAAGAUAAUAUAAUAUUACCACAGUGCAUGUAUCAUUUAAAGAAUCCAAAUAAUAACUUGAAAAUAGAUGAAGUAGAACUUAAUAUCAGUGACCAGGUUAUGAGGUUUCUUAAGAGAUCACCCAACAAAACCAUGAUAGAAUUAGAACAAAGACAAACUCAGCUGUUGCAAAAAUUGGAUGUGCUUUAUGAUAGAAUUAAAACAAUCAGUACUUUAUGCAAAUUAGAUGUCCAACCUAACAUUGCUACAAAGAAACUGGAACUGAUAACAGCACCAGAAGAAAUUGUAGUAGUGCUUGAUCCCAAAAUUAUGCCAUGUUUUCUUGGAUUGUUCCUAAAAGAAAAUCCCAAGCUACAUGUAACAUGGCAUAUUCACUCAUCAGUGUCAACUGAUGAUAGUUUAAAGAUCAAAGAUUUUUUUAGAGAUAGGCCACAAUUGAGCCUCAACAAUUUAAAAGAGACUUAUCCUGGAGAAUUGAAGAAAAGAACCAAUUUGAGACUGAUAUUCAAAAAUGUUUCAGCCUCUGCAGAAUUAAGGAUGUCAUCGCUAGAAGUGCCUUUAGUAGGCAUUGUGAACAUACUUCGCUACCUUUGCUUACUUUACCCAACAGUCAUACAAUAUGAUCAAACUGACUACUAUGUAGACAAUUUACUGGAUCAAUGCCAUUUAUUAGAGAAGACGUCUGGAAAACAGAUGGAAGACAUUAUGACCCAAAUCUUCUCUCAAUGUAAAGGAUGGAUCUACAAAAACGAAUUAUCCAUUGUUGACAUAGCUACUUUUAUAAUAAUAAAACUGAAGGGUAUUAUGAAAGCUGUACCGAAAACUUGGUACAAUAAAUGCGAAAAAACAUUUAUGUAACUUUUUAAUGAUUAAUCGAAAUUUAAUAUAUAAUCAACUAGU